AUGGCAGCAGCUAGCCACAAAAGCUUCAGACUACGGGGCAUUCCGCGUGAUUGCGAGACUCGGAGUGAGGUCUGCAGCCUUAUUCAGAAAACUCUCGCACUCGAGCCUAGCGCCAGUCCUACUGUCUACUCGCUUGCAUGUUCCCCCACCGAUCCCAAUAGCAAGAUCGCUACACUCAGCUUUCCUUCAAUUCCAGAAUGUUUAUCCGAUCGCACAAAGAUUGAGUGGAGUUUUAACCUAUCCGACGGUAACGACAUCGAUUUCAGCAGGUCUCUUGCUUUCGACACACACUUUACAGGUUUCACGCCUUUUCAUCGCACAAGCAAUAACGAUUGCCAUAUUGACUUGGUUGCAGUUUGUGGCCUUGGGGGGCAUGCCUUGGGUUCAUUCAAGGAAAAGAAUGGCCGCUUCGUUUGGCUUCGGGAUGCGCUUCCAUCAGACAUCCCGAACGCAAGGAUUUUAACUUAUGGAUAUGAUACGAAGCUCUCCAAGAGCAGCGCCUUCCAAAAUUUGACAGAUCUAGGACGGGCACUGCAGAUUGACCUUGAGGACAUUUAUGACCCGAACCAACCUCGUUCGAUACUUUUCAUCGGACAUAGCCUGGGUGGACUUGUCGUCAAAGAGACCGUCCGAUUACUACAAGAAGAGCCUCUUGGAUCCGACUUUCUAAUUUUGAACGCCGUUUCCGGUUUUGCCUUCUUUGGGGUCCCCCAUCGAGGCUUGGAAGUCAAGUGUUUGAUCCCUUUAGUAAAGGAUAACCCCAACCGGGCACUACUCGAAUCUCUAAACAAGAAUUCGUCACUUCUCGAUCAUCUACAGAAUGACUUUAGCAAAAUAUCAAAAGCGAGGGGCUUUUUUGUUGUGUCGUUCUAUGAGACAGAGAAGUCCCCUACCGCAGUUUGGAUUGAUGGAAAAUGGGACAUGUCUGGUCCUAGCGAAUUGCUGGUAGAGGUAUUCUCGGCAACAUGCGGUUGUCAAAAGCAGCAUCCCAUCAACCGCAACCACUCUGAGAUGGUAAAAUAUAGCGGUGUACAUGAUCAAUUGUACCGAAGAGUGUUGAUCGCACUCCGUCCCAUAAUUGGUAUUACACGAGGACGGCCUGGCAUUGGAGGUAUAAGAGAAGGGCCACAAGCUUGUGUUCAACUUUCAGUUGACGAUCAGGAAUCCCUGAAAUCGCUAUCAUUCCCUGAGCAAGAGCACAGAUAUUCCGAGAUCUCUUACGCGAGCGACACUUGCGACUGGCUUCUAGAAGACUACAACUAUCAGAAAUGGAUGAAUGCGGCUCGUGGGCUCUUCUGGAUUAAAGGAUGUCCUGGAACAGGCAAAUCAGUCAUCAUGAAAUUUGCAGUUGAUACAAUGAGCCGCAGGAAGUCUGGGGAAAUUAUUGCUUCCUUGUUUAUCCAUGGACGCGGCAUAGAACUACAACGGACACCUUUAGGCAUAUUUCGCGCUUUGCUGAAUUCUUUACUCAUGUCGUUUCCAAAAUACCUCGCGGAGUUCACAGAAGCCUUCCAAGAUAAAGAGAAGCGGUACGGAUCAUAUGACCAGAAGAACGGCUGGAGAUGGAAUGAAAAGGAAUUGGAGAAAUUCCUAUCCCGACUCUUAAUAGAGGGGACCAAAGAGAUACCGGUUGUCAUAUUCAUUGACGCGCUUGAUGAGUGUGGGGAACAUGCCAAAGGCCUACUGUUAUUUCUCAAGAGCCUCGUUGAGAAUGCGGAGCGACAGGGAUCCAUGGUCAAGAUCUGCUUUUCGUCGAGGCAUUUCCCGAUACUUGGUCAUGAGACGAUGGCGAGGGUCUAUGUGGAAGAGAAGAAUGACCAGGAUAUCAGACUUGUUAUUGGAGGCCGACUCAAGGAGAUUCAACCACUGGAGAGGCGGCGAGAGAUCGAGAAAGAGAUCUUGUUGAAGGCCCAUGGAAGCUUCCAAUGGGCCAUACUCGUCACAAACAUGGUACUAGAGGAAGACGUGGCUGGGGCCAGAACCGAGGAUCUACUUAAUAUCAUUUCGACAACUCCACCAGACCCCGACGAACUGUACGAUGCCAUAUUGAAGGGGGCGACCAAGGAUAAGCACAGCCAGAUGGCCAAGCUAUUUUACUGGGUUGUCUAUGAAAAACGACCCUGA